AUGUCCGCGGGGAUUCUGGUAACACUGCUGGCUCUGUGCUGUGCCGCUUCUGCUCAGUCAGAUGUGGAGGCUUUCCUGGAGACGUUCGACAGGGAGGCCUCUGCCCUGAUGUACCAAUACUCGCUGGCAUCAUGGGCCUACAACACCAACAUCACCCAGGAGAAUUCGGACAAACUGUCAGCACAGGGGCAAAUUUGGAGCGACUUCUACACCAGGAUGUCGGAAGAGUCCCGUAAAUAUCCCAUCGACCAGAUCAAGGACCCGCAAAUUAAGUUACAGCUCAUCUCCCUCCAAGACAAAGGCUCUGGGGCUCUGGCUGAGGAUAAGGCUGCGCACCUGGGUAAGGUGAUGAGUGAGAUGAGUACAAUCUACAGCACCGCAAAGGUGUGCAUGCCCGAUGACCCCUGGAACUGCCAGACUUUGGAGCCAGGCCUGGAGCGUGUUAUGUCCAACAGCCGGGACUACUUUGAGCGUCUCCAUGUGUGGGAGGGCUGGAGGAAAGAGGUGGGGAAGAGGAUGAGGCCCCUGUACGAGGAUUAUGUGGACCUGAAGAACGAAGCAUCCAAACUAAAUGGUUUUGAAGAUUACGGAGCUUACUGGAGAUACAACUACGAGACCAUCGAGGAAGACCCUCAGUUCAUGUACAACCGGCAUGAACUGAUGGAGGAUGUCCGCUCAAUCUACAAACAGAUCAUGCCUUUGUACAAAGAGUUGCAUGCAUACGUGAGGUCUAAGCUCAUGGACGUCUACCCGGGACACAUUGAGAAGCAGGGGCCUUUGCCAGCUCACCUUCUGGGUGACAUGUGGGGAAGAUUCUGGACCAACCUGUACCCUCUGUCAGUCCCCUUCCCCGACAAACCAGACAUUGAUGUCAGCACGGAAAUGGUGGCGCAGGGCUGGACUGAACGUCGUCUUUUUGAUGAAGCAGAGAAGUUUUUCAUGUCUGUUGGCUUGUACGAGAUGUUUGAAAACUUCUGGACUAACUCCAUGCUGGUGAAGCCCGACGAUGGCCGAAACGUGGUCUGUCACCCCACAGCCUGGGACAUGGGAAACAGGGAGGACUUCAGGAUUAAAAUGUGCACCGAGGUCAACAUGGACAACUUCCUCACAGUGCACCACGAGAUGGGUCACAACCAGUAUCAGAUGGCCUACCGCAACCUGUCCUACCUCCUGAGGGACGGCGCCAACGAGGGAUUCCACGAGGCCGUAGGAGAAAUAAUGUCCCUCUCCGCUGCAACACCCAAACACCUGCAGAGCCUGGGGCUCCUUCCAGCUGACUUUGUUUAUGACAAAGAAACUGAGAUCAACUUCCUGCUGAAACAGGCCCUGACUAUUGUGGCCACGCUGCCGUUCACCUACAUGCUGGAGGAGUGGAGGUGGCAAGUGUUUGCAGGGAAUAUCUCCAAAGACGAAUGGAUGGCGCGCUGGUGGGAGAUGAAGAGGGAACUGGUAGGAGUUGUGGAGCCAGUACCAAGGGAUGAAACUUACUGUGACCCACCAGCUCUGUUUCAUGUCUCUGGAGAUUAUUCUUUCAUCAGGUACUUUACAAGAACCAUCUACCAGUUUCAGUUCCAAAAAUCCCUAUGUGACGCAGCCGGUCACACAGGUCCACUGUCCACAUGUGACAUCACUGGUUCCACUGCAGCAGGAACCAAGCUAAGGAACAUGCUAGAGCUGGGAAGGUCCCAGUCCUGGACCAAGGCUUUGAACACAAUAUCAGGAACUACUAAAAUGGAUGCCGGCCCUCUUCUGGAGUAUUUCCAAACACUUUUUGACUGGUUGAAGGAGGAGAAUGCCAAAAACAAUAGAGCUAUUGGCUGGAUUCCAACAGUCGAUCCCUUCUCAGAUAAUGCCAUUAAAGUGAGAAUAAGUUUGAAGUCUGCAAUGGGUGAUAGUGCUUAUUCUUGGAACGCUAAUGAGUUGUACCUGUUCAAGGCCAGCAUGGCUUACGCCCUGAGGCAGUACUACGGCCAACGGAACACCACCCUUCUCUUCACAGCAGAGAACGUACUCACCUAUAACGAAACUCCCAGGAUCUCCUUCUUUUUUGUGGUCACCAACCCGACAGCUCCCUCUACUUAUAUACCAAAGGCUGAUAUAGAGGAAACCAUAAGGUUGUACCGAGGUCGACUCAAUGAUGCUUUCCAACUAGAUGACCAAACGCUGGAGUUUUUGGGUGUCCCUCCAACACUGGCCCCGCCAAAGGAGCAGCCGGUGGAGGUGUGGCUGGUGAUGUUUGGCGUGGUCAUGGGCAUCGUGGUGCUUCUGGGCGUAUACCUGGUGGUAUCUGGUAUCAGAGAGCGCAAGAAGAAAAGUCCAAAGGCUGCUGUGGGGAAUCCUUAUGACACAGACGCUGAUGGAGUGAGUAAUAAAGCCUACGACGACAGUGACAAUGAACAAACUGGAUUAUAA